AUGGAUGAUUUAUAUAAAAGAUUAGAAUAUUUCUUAAAACAUUGUUGUUUUUGUUUUAUCAGGCAAGCUGAAGUAUUAAAUUUAGCUGGAGGUGCAAAGUCCAACUACACUUUCCCGAAGGAUUUUCUUUUUGGUGUCUCAACAGCGGCGAUACAAAUUGAAGGAGCAUGGAAUGAAGAUGGGAAGUCAGAAAGUAUCUGGGACCACUUAGUGCGUGUAAAUCCUAACUUCACUAGAGAUGGUUCUACACCUAACGUAGCUGCAAAUUCCUAUCAUUUAUAUAAGAGAGAUGCUGAAAUGGUCCACGAACUUGGAGCGAAUAUUUACAGGUUUUCAAUAUCUUGGCCAAGGAUAUUGCCAACUGGUUUAGCCAAUCAAGUUAAUCCUCUCGGAAUUCAGUAUUACAAAAAUCUCAUAAGCGAACUGGAAAGAUACAAUAUUACUCCUAUGGUCACGAUUUACCAUUGGGAUCUACCUCAAAAAUUGCAGGAUAUUGGGGGUUGGACGAACGCGCAUAUUAUAGAUUAUUAUACGGACUACGCGAAUGUAUUGUUUGAAAAUUUUGCUGAUAAAGUUAAAUAUUGGAUAACCUUCAACGAGCCAAUGCAAACCUGCCUGGAAGGUUACGGCAACACAUACCGAGCACCUGCACUAAACCGACACGGUAUAGCUGAAUAUCUGUGCACACACAAUUUGUUAAAAGCGCACGCAAGCGUUUACCAUUUGUUCCAUAAGCAGUAUCGUCCACUGUACGGAGGGAAAAUGGGUAUGUCAUUGGACUCUAAUUGGGCAGAACCCAAAACAGAUACACCAAGAGACAAGAUGGCUGCGGAAUUGUAUCUCAAAACUCAUCUUGGAUGGUAUGCACACCCUGUAUAUUCGGAGACCGGAAAUUAUCCAGAAGAGCUAAUCAAACUUGUUGAUGAAAAAAGUAAGAAACAGAACUACACCCACUCUCGCCUUCCUAAGUUUACUCCUGAGGAAGUAGCCUAUGUACGAGGAACUGCAGAUUUCUUCGGUUUAAAUCAUUACACGACUUAUCUUUUGAGCAUGGCUGACGGCGAAGUUGGUGAGGUGCCAUCACAUGAAAACGAUGUUGGUAUUGUAAGGGUUCAAGAUCCUAAGUGGCCGUCGAAGUCCUCUUCCUCUUGGCUUAAGGUGGUACCAUUUGGAUUCCGUCGCCUUUUAAAUUGGAUAACCAAAACAUACAAUAACGUACCAAUAAUUGUUACGGAGAACGGAUAUGCUGACUUUAGUGGAGUGAAAGAUGAAGCUAGAGUUUCAUACUAUUGUCACUAUUUAAAUUCUCUUCUCCACUCAAUACACGAAGAUAAGACGAACGUUCGAGGGUAUUUUGCAUGGAGUCUGAUGGAUAAUUGGGAAUGGGACGACGGCUAUGCGUCCCGCUUCGGUCUUUACUUGGUCGAUUUCAAUAGUCCCAACAAGACGAGAACUGCUAAAGAAUCGGCGAAAUUGUACACGAACGUGAUAUCUUCUCGAGGCCUGCCCGCCGACUACGACCCAGAAGAUUUCACCGCCUUUUCCAGUGCUUCUCUUCUCGUUCCAACUAUACUUCCACUCUUACCCUUGUAUAGGCUACUUACAUGA